AAAAACUGAACAGGUCUGCACACUACAUCAAGAUAGAGCCUUGCGAAGUGGGUCAGGUUAACGGGGCGCCUUAGGCAUGGACGGAAUAUAAAAGUACACAUGAAGGACGAAUCAACUUUUGCCCGCCAAGUCAAGCAACUUCAGUCCCGUCACACAUUUCCCCUCUUCUCUGUCAGCUUUUGAUACACAACUAACAUACAUUAUGACAUCACCAAGAGGUCUCGAAUCUUGCUGUCUCAAAUCGUUCGACUGGAACGGUACUCCAAGCGGCCACGAAACGAAACUCGCGAACAACCCAACCUACAUCACCGGGUCCAAUCCGAACGCAGCCGUACUUCUCGCCCACGAUGCUCUAGGCUGGAGAUUCGGAAACACCCGUCUUCUAGCCGAUCAUUUCGCCAAAGAGGCAAACGUCACAGUCUAUAUUCCUGACUUCUUCGGCGGAGAAGUACUCGAUGCAGGUCUGAUGAAAGCAGGCAAAUUUGACAAAUUGGAUAUCGAAGGCUUCAAAGUGCGUAACGGCCGCGAAGCCCGCGAACCAGAAGUCUUCGCAUGCGCCAAAGAGCUCCGCGCCAGCGGCUUCAAGAAGAUUGGUGCAGUGGGCUACUGCUGGGGCGGCUGGGCCAUCCUGCGUCUUGCAACUGAGAAGUUGGUCGAUUGUGUCAUCUGCGCUCAUCCGUCUUUGAUCACCGAGGCGGACUUCGAUGGCGUUGAUAUACCGAUUAUGUUUUUGCAGCCGGAACAUGAUAGUAUGUUCCCCGAGGAGAUGAGAUUGUAUGCUUUCAGGAAAUUAGUGCUGGAGAAGAAGAGUCAAGCGGUUGAGUGGGUUCAUUUCCCAGGUGCUCACCAUGGUUGUUUUACCAAGGGCGAUGAGGAAGUUCCGGGAGAACGGGAGGCCAUGAUCAAGGCCAAGGAUAGGGCGGUGACGUGGUGGGAAGAGUGGCUUGUUUGAGCCUGCCUCAUGUAGACACGGCACCUCCAUACAUCAAGUCACGCUAGAGAUGGCCACAAUUCGCGUCGCAUUUUACAAAAUAUUA